AAAUAUUUUGUAAAUAUAAUAACUAAUGGUAAAUUGUGAAUCAAUAUAAUUAGUAAAACGAAUAUCCAGAAAGAGCAUAACCAUUAGCUAAUGAGGAAGUUGAACCUCAAAUUUUAGAACUUGUCUAAUAAGCAGCUGCUCUAAAAUAAGUAUAAAUUUGGCAUAAAUCAUUAGUUAAAAAAAGGAGCUAAUGAAACCACAAAAACUUUAAAUAGAGGUAUAGCUGAGCUUGUCAUUAUUGCAGCUGAUACAACACCAUUAGAAAUAGUACUUCAUUUACCUUUACUUUGUGAAGAUAAGGUAAAUUCUAUAAAUUUAAUCAAUUAGAAUGUUCCAUAUGUAUUUAUUAAGAGCAAGGUUGAUUUAGGUAGAAUGUGCGGUACAAGCAGAAAUGUAGUAGCAUGCUCAGUGAUUAAGGAUAAAAACUCAAGAAUUAAUGAAAAUAUCACAUACUUAAAAGAUUUAUGUGAAAGAUUAUAAAUCAACUAAGAAGCAUGAUCAUAUUAAAAUAUUUGAUGAACAUUAAUAAUUUAUACUUUUAUUGUAAGUAAAUUAAAC